CGACACUCGACAGUUCUCAAAAUUAUAGUAAAGCUUCAGCUUUGUAUAGUGUUUUACAAAUUUAUGAAGUUUUGAAUGAGAAAUAAUCGAAGUACCUAAUAAUGGGUGCCAUAUCUAAAUUAAGAAUGUUAAUUUAAACGUCGAAAUCACAAAUGGCUGCGGAGACUUUUCUAAAAACGAGCAAGUAUUCGAAGUAUACAUCGUAUAGGAACAUUCUUUAUCAUAGGUUCUUCGUCGGCCUACUAUUGUUUAUUGUAGUAUCACUGGUGUUAAUCGUUGUGUGUAAUAUAUUCACGGGGAGUACGCCUCGAGGGGAUUUUCAUGAAACUAUAAAUUUGGAUGCAUCAAGUUUACCAGUUCGGACGCUUUUAAGUGAAUCUCGGACGUCGUCUCCGCGCGCUGAAAACUGCACUUAUUGGAGCUGCUUUAACGUAUACAAAUGUGGGAGAGGAGGUCACGAUAAGAUAACGAUAUACAUCUAUCCGCUAAAGGAUUACAGGACGGACGAUGAAAAAACAAUAUCACAGUUUUCUAGAGAGUUUUACGAGAUUUUAAAUACAAUUAAAAAUAGUAAAUAUUAUACGCCUAACCCAGAUGAUGCCUGUUUAUUAGUGCCUAGUAUUGAUACGUUAAAUCAAAAUAGUUUUUCCAGCAAACAUGUUGCACAAGCUUUACAGUCUCUUGAACACUGGAAUAAUGGUGAAAAUCAUCUUAUAUUUAACAUGGUGGCAGGUGUUGCACCAAACUACAACACGGUUAUCAAUCUCAACACAAGUAAAGCAAUUAUAGCAGGAGCCGGGUUUGACACAUGGACUUUCAGAUACGGGUUUGACAUAUCGUUGCCGCUUUACAGCCCUAUUGCACAAAAAAUUAACGACUCUCAACCGAAAAAAAAGAAUUUCAUGAUUAUAUCAACACAACUCAACAUACCAGAAGAUUAUUUAGCAGAGCUACAAAGUGUAGCGUCAUCAUCAAAUGAUUUAUUAUUACUUGAUAGAUGUAAGACAGCAUCCGGUGAAACAGAUUAUAUGAAACGUUGUGAAUAUACAACGGGUAAAGUAUUUGAUUACCCAGAGAUUUUGAAAGAGGGUAUGUUUUGCCUGGUGGUUCGUAGUGCCAGAUUAGCUCAACCCGUCCUGAUGGAUAUCAUUGCAUCCCAGUGUAUCCCAAUUAUAAUCGCAGAUACAAUAGUCAUGCCUUUUAAUUCGCAUGUCGACUGGAAUAAAAUUGCAUUAUUUGUGCCUGAAGAAAAUAUAAAGAAUAUGUUGAAAAUUGUACAUUCAGUGAGUAAGGAGAGACGUGGUGAAUUAUAUUGGCAGUUGAGAUGGGUGUAUGACAGAUACUUCUCUAGUAUAGAACGAAUAACCUUGACAAUGCUAGAAAUUAUAAAUGAAAAAGUAUUUCCAUUAGCAGCUAGAAUGUAUGAAGACUGGAACAUGCCGGAACAUUUGUACGGACCAGUCAACCCUCUAUUCCUGCCAGUGACCGCUCCUAAGUCGCCAGGCUUCACUGCUGUCAUAUUGACGUAUGACCGAGUGGACAGUCUGUUCACGCUCGUCAGGAAACUCGUCCGGACGCCGAGCCUCGCCAAGAUUCUCGUCGUAUGGAAUAAUCAGAAGAAGCAACCACCCCCAUCUUCCGAAUGGCCAGUAGUAAAUAAACCGUUGAAAGUGAUACAGACCAAAGAGAAUAAGUUGUCAAACAGAUUUUUUCCAUACGACGAGAUUGAAACGGAAUGUCAACUGACGAUUGAUGAUGACAUCGUUAUGUUGACUCCUGAUGAGUUGGAAUUUGGGUUUGACGUUUGGCGGGAGUUCCCCGACAGAAUAGUAGGUUUCCCAUCACGUCUACACGUGUGGGACAACGUCACUAACUCCUGGAGGUACCAUAGUGAAUGGACAAAUCAAAUAUCAAUGGUGUUAACGGGCGCCGCCUUCCACCACAAGAUCUGGUCGUGGUAUUACACGUAUAAGAUGCCGGCCGAGAUCCGCUCCUGGGUCGACGACAACUUCAACUGCGAGGACAUCGCUAUGAACUUUUUAGUAGCUAACGUCACCAGAAAACCUCCUAUAAAGGUGACGCCAAGAAAAAAAUUCAAAUGUCCCGAAUGCACGAACACCGAAAUGCUAUCAGCCGACGCGCGGCACAUGUCGCAGCGCUCGGCCUGCGUCGACCGCUUCAGCCGAAUCUACGGACAUAUGGCGCUGAAGGCUGUCGAGUUCCGCGCAGACCCGCUGCAGUACCGCGAGGCCGCGGGGGUUCCCCACGCCUACCCCGACAUCGGCGCGCUGUGAGGUCAGUGACACCGUGCUUCGGUGACACGUUUUAAAUUUGGAACCAUAGAAUUUCCGAGACUGUUUCAUCGAUAGCAUGUUCAAAUUUGGAAUUGGGCUCAGAUUCGAGUUUAUUAUCUGUAAUAAUCGCCGCCUAUAUACCGUGAGCGUUAGAAUUCGAGCAGUCUGUGUAAUGGAGGGAAUUUUGAUACAUUCUAUCGAGUCCUGAAUGGAUUUGAAAAGGGAUUGUAGUAAGGACGUAAGGUUUGGGCUCUCUUUCAUAUGAUACAUUUUGAUGAGUAAGAAAUCUGUGUGGUUUUUCGACGACUAAAUAACAGAAACAAAACAGUAAUAUGUUACAAGUUACAGUAAAAAUUAGACAUUACAUGUUAAAUGUGUUCAUGUUUAAAUUUUUCAUUUCGAUGAGAAAUGUGUUCAUCGGUUAAUGAUUGUUUAUUUUAAUUGUAAUUAUUCGCAUAAAACGAAUAUAAGCGGAUACGAUACAAAAGCUCAACACAAUAUUUCUAGUUCUUUCAGUAUAUAAAAGAGAGUUUAUUAGAAGUGGUAAAUCAGUGACUGACAUACAUUAUAUACAAAAAGAAUCAUCUUUUUUCUUACAAAAAAAAUAUAUUUCGCAUGGCCGAUGGCUUUCAUUUUUUGAACAGAAAUUGAACUUUACACAAUUUAAAUGAUUAUUUUUGAAAAUAAUAUUAAAAUAAAUCGAAUGUAUUUCAUUAACUAUUCGUUUCUUCUUUGUGUAAUUAAUGCAAUAAUGUCAUUUUCAAUAAACUCUCUGUUGAGUAUUAGUUUUUGAUAAGAGGGCCCUGCGUGGUUUUUGAGGAUCGGACAAUAAAUUUUCAUAAAAAAUACUUGAAAGGCUGUAAGCAAAGUAAAAAUGGGAAUCGUCCCCCCAGUACCAGGGUAUGUAGAUUUAACUGCCAAUUAGGAUUAAUUUCCUCAAAAAUCGUUUAUUUUCAAUGCUAUUGAGUAUAUGAGAACUUCACUAUUGUUGUCUGUGUAAUUUUUAAUCUG